UUUUUAGUAGAGACAAGGGCACCAUGUUGGCCAGGCUGGUCUCAAACUGCCGACCUCAAAUGAUCCACCCGCGUUGGCCUCCCAAACUGCUGGGAUUAUAGGCGUGAGCCACUGCCUCUGGCCUCUGAGUAAAAUUAACUGGCAUCUGUGACCACAGGUCUUUGAAAAGUGCCCGCCUCUGUCCGUGGUCUUCCUCUGUAGUGCGCUGCAGGUGGACGCUGCACUGACCCAGCCAUCUCUGCUUAUCAGGAGGCUCUAGAGCCAGACUACAGAAGCGCACACCCUUUUGAGCGAGACAUGCUGACUUUCUAAUAAGGAUGUUCUCUCUCCACAGCUGAAAGAUGAAAAUUCUAAGCUGAGAAGAAAGCUGAAUGAGGUUCAGAGCUUCUCUGAAGCUCAAACAGAAAUGUAUGUAAGCUUUUAGUUAGGAAUGCAAUCCACAACAUCUAACACAGAGGGAAAUCCGUUUUUAAAUGAUAAUGAAGUAAUCAGAGUCAAACCAGAUCUGGGUUUUAUUGUAUAUAAAUGUUGAGCAUCCCACACAUUUCUGUGUUCUGCAUAAAAGUUUAUUUUGAGACAGGGUCUUGCUGUGUCACCCAGGCUCGAGUGCAGUGGCACAAUCACGGCUCACUGCAGCCUUGACCUCCUUGGCUCCAGUGAUCCUCCCAUCUCAGCCUCUUGAGUAGCUGGGACUACAGGCGUUUGCCACCCCACCUGGCUAAUUUUUAAAUUUUAUUUUUGUAGAGACAGGGUCUCACUGUGUUGCCCGGGCAUGUCUCAAACUCCUCGGCUCAAGGAAUCCUCUCGCCUCAAGCUCCUAAAGCGUUGGGAUUAUAGGCAUGAGCCACGGCCUCUGGCGAAGGUUUAUUUUAAACUUUAGACAAAAAGCCACCAAAUUCCUUGUUGGAGCAGCAGUGCUGUGAGAGCCCUUCCCUGCACGCCUGCCUGGUCGCCCGCUGCAGGUCUAGACCUGAGGCUGCUGCUGCCUCCCCACUAUGCUUGAGGCCUGUUCCAUCACAGGCUCUUAGUGGGUUUUAUCUGGCUAAUGAGGUAUCUUUUUGUAGUCCUUUUAAAAGUAGCCACAGAAAUUAACAACUCGGGUUUUUCUUUAACAAGGGUGAGGACACUUGAGCGGAAAUUAGAAGCAAAAAUGAUCAAGGAGGAAAGAGACUACCACGACUUGGAGUCGGUGGUUCAGCAAGUGGAGCAGAACCUGGAGCUGAUGACCAAACGGGCUGUAAAGGCAGAAAACCACGUCGUGAAACUGAAACAGGAAAUCAGUUUGCUCCAGGCGCAGGUCUCCAACUUCCAGCGAGAGAAUGAAGCCCUGCGGUGCGGCCAGGGUGCCAGCCUGACUGUGGUGAAGCAGAACGCCGAUGUGGCCUUGCAGAACCUCCGGGUGGUCAUGAACAGCUCUCAGGCUUCCAUCAAGUGAGUGCCUGGGAGGCACUGGGAAGCCUGGCAGGGAAAGGGGUGAGAUUGGAGUGGUCAUCAGUGAUACUGGGUGGGGGCCCAGGCUGACAGCACCGUGGCUGGAGGACCAGGGAGCCACAGGGAGGGACACAUGCUCAGUGGUCCCGAUAGCUCUCUGGGUCACUUUGUGGACAGACCACAGGCUUUCUAGCCCGCCUCGCAGAGUCCGAUCCCACCUGGGAGGUGCAGACAGCCCCACCACCUGUGGACACUAAAGCUCUGAAUAAAGGAAAUAGUGGUAGUUUCCCUCCUGGUGAAAAAGCAAAUUCCCAGAAGGCCCUUAGUACUGUGCCUGGCUGGGGACAUGCCAGCCACCAUCACUGUGACAGUGGUGAGUGUCUGCCACCCACUGGGCUGAGCUCUGCAGGGCGUUUUUGGCCCCCCAGAGCACUCCCUGUGGACAAGGGAGCCGUCUCCUGUGAAGUCAGGUAUGGGUCCCCUCAAAGAGGAGCUAGGAGUGGAAAACCUGUGGUUCUCCCCUGAGCCCCUCCCUUUCUCCCAGGAAUCCUGUCCCUUUCACCCCACCCCUGCAAAUCCCACCCCUUUCUCCCUGGAACCCCUUCUGUUUCUCCCCCAGAACCCUGUUCCUUUCUCCCCCCCGAAUCCUGUCCCUCUCUGCCCCCCACAAACCCCCCCCCUUUCUCCCACCCCCCCAACCCUGUCCCUUUGUCCCCCCCAGCAAACCCCACCCCUUUCUCCUUGGAACCUCUUCCGUUUCUCCCCCACAGAACUCUGUCCCUUUC